AUGAUGGUGGCAGACGGGUCAGUUCGGACAACGGCCAAUAUCAUCCACCAUCCUCAUGACCUGGUGUUAGUGGCCGUGGCCAUCUUGACCUUCCUCCUGGUCAUCCAGGCUCUCCCGUGUGUGACGGGCAGGUGGAGGCGGCAGAAGGAGAAGUCGCCGUGCCGAGCGCCAGGCCUGGCGAUCUCCGCCCCCCGCCCCCCGCCUCCCCUCGCGGCCACCACCGCCACUAGCGGCCUCCCCCGUGGCGUCGAGGACCAGCCGCCCACUCUCUGGCUCUCGCCGCUGACCACUGCCGUGCCCGCGGCCGACUGGGGCCCGUGCCCACCCAACCCCCGGCCAAAUGCCUCAAAGGGCCACCUGCCCCUGCCCCUGGCCCCCCCGCCAUUCGCCCCAACGUUGGCGCAGUCUCCGGCCAUGGUCACCGUCCACCUCGGCUGCCCUGGAGAUCGCCCGUCCGCAGAGAGACGGGUCACCGAGGGCGGCCUCCAGGAUCGGUCACUCCGGGGAGAUUGGCCUUGCCGCGCCCCUCUGCUGGAAGGGGCUUGGACGUCCAAAAUGCCCCCUGAGUUGGCGAUGCCCGGUGCUAGAUGGGACGACGGCCCUCUGUCCUGGACCUGGCUGGACGUCCCUGCCGGAGGGGCCAGAACGCCGCUGGACCCCAGGCCGAUGCCGAGCCUGACCGCUGGGCCCAUGGGCUGGUUGAAGAAGUCUGUGCUAGGCCUGUCCGCGGGGGUCAAGGGCAGGGACAGGGCUGGCGGUCACUCUCAUCUCUCCUCCCCACGCCUGCCCGGCCGGUCUCGGGGCAGAGACAGACCCCCGGCCACCCCACCCCCCACCCCGCCCCCCAACCCCACGAGAUGGCUUUGUGGAAAUCGCCCUGGACGAGACCCCCCCUCCCCGGCAGAGGGUCCCGGGGUCUCCAGGCCUGUGGGAGUUCUGGAGGACCCUCCCCAACUCCAUCCUGGGCUGCUUGCUUCCACCGGGCGGAAGAGGAGGAACGUCCCGGCCCUGGUCCCGGGGCCCUGGCCAGGGGGCCCCUCCCCAGCCAGCGACCACCUCCCACUGGAGCCCCCCAAAUAA